GUCAAACAGUACAGAGCAUCUCCUCCUCAGAGCAUCUUUGACGCAGCGCAGCACAGGGAGCCGUUGUUACCGCGUGUGUGUGGUGUCACACAGCACAGCCUUGUUAUUAUUAUAGUGCUUCAACACACAGAGAAAGACACACACACACAGAGAAAGACACACACACACACUCACACAUCAGAGACCUGACAGGGUGAAUCUGUAGAUGCGUCUUCCAGUGCGUCUGAAAACCAUGGCACGGCCGUUUUACGCGCCUCUGCUGCUCCUCGUCUGCUCCCUGCUCCAAACGCAUGCGGACGUGACGACAUGUGGAGCCAAGCAGUUCCAGUGUGGGAAUGGGAAAUGCAUCACGGUCAGAUGGGUGUGUGACGCCUCCGACGACUGCGGCGACGGCACAGAUGAACUUCCUGCUACCUGUUUGGCUAGAACGUGCCGGCCGACGGAAUUCAGCUGCCAGGACCGUCUGAACCAGUGUAUACCCAGCACCUGGCGCUGUGAUGGAAAAGCUGACUGUGAGAACGGAGCAGACGAGGAGACCUGUGCUCCGAGGCGGUGCACCAACAACGAGUUCCAGUGCAGGAGCGGCCAGUGUGUGUCCGCCUCCUUCCAGUGUGACUACGAGGCGGACUGCGACGACGGCAGCGACGAGGCCUCCUGUCCGGCCACCACCUGCAGCCCCAGAGCCUUCCAGUGCAACAACACCAUCUGCGUGCCGCGCCUGUGGGCCUGCGACGGUGACAUGGACUGCCCCGACGGCUCGGACGAGUGGCCUCAGAACUGCGGCACGAGGCAUCCUGCCUCUCCUAGCCCUCAUCAGUGCACCUCCCUGGAGUUCCGCUGCGGCAGUGGCGAGUGCAUCCACGGCAGCUGGAAGUGUGACGGAGGAACCGACUGCCACGAUCGAUCGGAUGAAGCAAACUGUGAUCGUCUGACCUGUCGUCCUGAUGAGUUUGAAUGCGGUGAUGGAACUUGCGUCCAUGGGAGCCGUCAGUGCAACCAUCAGUACGACUGCAGGGACAGGAGCGAUGAAACCGGCUGCGUCAAUGCGACCCACUGUGACGGCCCAACCAGGUUCAAGUGCCGCAGCGGGGAGUGCAUCCUCAUGGAGAAGGUGUGCGACAAGAACCGCGAUUGCAGGGAUUGGUCAGAUGAGCCUCUGAGGGAAUGUGGCUUUAACGAGUGCCUGUUAAACAACGGCGGCUGCUCUCAUAUCUGCAAAGACCUGAGAAUCGGCUUCGAGUGCCGGUGUCCUGCUGGAUUCAGCCUGGUGGACGAAAGACUCUGUGAAGAUAUCGACGAGUGUGCCAACCCGGACACCUGCAGCCAGAUCUGCAUCAACCAGCUCGGCAGCUACAAAUGCGAUUGCGAGGAGGGUUACCAAGUCGACCCAGCGAGCAAAGCAUGCAAGGCCAUCGGAACGAUAGCCUACCUUUUCUUUACCAACCGCCAUGAGAUCAGAAAAAUGACCCUGGACAAAAGUGAGUACACCAGAGUGAUCCCCCGUCUCAAGAACGUCGUCGCGCUGGACAUGAACAUCGCCACCAAAGAAAUCUACUGGUCUGACAUCUCCCAGAAGAAAAUCUACAGAACCCAGAUGGACGUGGCCGACGACUCCGCUCAUCACAGCACGGUCAUCGGCAGCGACAUCGAUGCUCCUGAAGGCCUCGCCCUCGACUGGGUCCAUGGGAACCUCUACUGGACCGACAGCAUUCGCAGCACCAUCUCCGUGGCAACCGCGGACGGGAGCCGUCGCAAAACUCUGUUCCAGCGCGACCUGUCGAAGCCCCGGGCCAUAGUGGUCGACCCCCACAGCAACUUCAUCUACUGGACGGACUGGGGAAAUCCUGCUAAGAUAGAAAAGGGGGGUCUGAACGGAGGAGACCGCUCUGCUCUGGUCACGGACAACAUUGAGUGGCCCAACGGCAUCACACUGGACCUGUUGAGCCAGCGGCUCUACUGGGUGGACUCCAAGCUGCACACCCUCUCCAGUAUCGACGUGCAGGGCGGCGGCCGACACACCCUCAUCAUUGACGAACUCAAGCUGGCUCACCCACUGGGACUCACUGUGUUUGAGGAGAAAGUUUACUGGACCGACGUCAGUAACAGCGCCAUCCUCAGUGCAAACAGGCUGACGGGCGCCGACAUUGUACCGGUGGCCGAAAACCUAUCAUCACCAGAAGACGUUAUUCUUUACCACAACCUCAAACAACCCGCUGGGAGGAAUUGGUGCCAGGUUUCCAACGGCGGCUGUGAGUUCAUGUGCCUGGCAGCUCCUCAGGUGGGACGACAUCCGCCCAAAUACACCUGCGUCUGUCCGGAUAACAUGAUGCUCGCCAGAGAUAUGAGGACGUGUGUGCCUGCUGUUCCUACACCUGCAGCUCCUGCGCAGCCUCAGAUUCCACCUACCAGUCCUCCUCGUCUGCCACAGACCACACCCAGAGCCACACCCAGAGCCACAACCAGAGCCACAACCAGAGCCACAACCAGAGCCACAACCAGAGCCACACCCAAGCCCCAGGUCCACACCACCACUCCAGUGCCUGUCGUAAUCACCAGCUCUGCAGCCAAGGCAGCACCACGCACCACCAAGCCUGUGGUCAGGACCACCACACCCCAGCCAAGGACCACCACACCCCAGCCAAGGAUCACCACUCCCCAGCCAGUGAAGCCUAAAAUCGCCCAGACCACCACAGAGGCUCCGGUCACCUCUCCAGACGUGCAACCUGAAUUUGCUGCAGCCGUCCCCAAGACUGCCUCCCCCACCCCGAUAGCUCUGUACAUUGUCCUACCUCUGGCGAUCGUUUGCCUCGUGGCUGUCGGUGCCGUGCUGCUGUGGAGGAACUACAGGCUGAAGAACACCAACACCAUUCACUUUGACAACCCCGUGUACCAGAAGACCACCGAGGACCAAGUGCACAUCUGGAGGAGCAACAGCCCCGAUGGUUACUCCUACCCUAAGAGACAAGUUGUGAGCUUGAAUGAAGAGGCAGACAAUCCAGCCUUCACAGAAAACUGAGCCAGGUAGAGAGAAGACGAUAAGCUACCUUGGACGUCCUCUUGUGUAUUUUUGUUUCUUUACCUCACUCAGCACAACUAUAUGGAAGUCGAAGCCAGUACCAGACAAGCUUGAACCACUAAAUCCUCCCAGAGGAACCAGCGCUCUUCAGUGGAGAAACACUUUUGUCCAAACUGUGAUGAUUUAACCUGGAGAACUGUGAGAUUGUUGAAGCCACAUCACUGCGUCAGUUUAACUGAACCCAUCGGACACAAGCCUCGGACUCACGUUACAUGGAUUUCACAUAUGAGUGUUGUAAAUAUCACAUAUUGCUAUUUUUGUAUUCCACUGGUUUUGAACGAUCACAUCUUGAACUAUUUGUAGUUUAAAGCAGCAGUUGACAUUUUGGGGAAAUUAUGCAUAAGUGCUUUCUUGGCUUAGAAUGAAGGCACCAGCUCCACCUGCAGCGUUUAGCUUCUCGUCACAGAACCUGCAGAACCGCAAAAGUCAGUUUUACUUGAUGUUUUUGUACAUUUUAAAUGAUGAAAUGGUUAAUAAUUGAGCUUUUUGAGCUAUUUCAAUGUUUGGACAGAGCCAGGUCGCCUGAUAAUGGCCUUUAUGCGCAAUCUUCUAAUGUCAGACUUUCCCCCCCGUUAAUGUCAAACUCUUUGUUGUCUGUUUUUUAUUCCAAGACAAACACAGACAUUGGAGCUGAUUUAAAGUUCAGUCGGUGAAACACUAACAAGAUGCAUUAAACCAAUUCCACAUCGAAGCCGCUGCUGUAGCAAACCUCAGAGAAAACACACUAUUCCUCGAAUGCCGUGCCCUCGCUUCCCUUUACAGCCUGGUCCCAGUGUCCGUCAGCAGCUGUCUGUAAUUUCACACUCUCUCCUGCUCCGUUCUAAUGAUUUGUGGGUCGGCUGUUAGUACACCGGAGAGACGUCUUUAAACUCUCCCUCCCUCGGCGCCUCUCGGGGGGAACCCGCAGAAUUCCUUGAAGUCAGAGAAGCUUUUGAUGCAGUCACGUGCGACCGAUGGGGCCUCGACUCGUGUCCAGUACCCGGCCACGUGUGUGUGUGUAUUUACAUCCUGCCUUGAAAACAGAACCUCAGCUUGCCUUGUUCCAGCCUCUCCUGACAAAACUAAGCCAGGUGCCCGUCGUGGCUUUUUCUCUUUUUGAGCUGAUUCAUGUGUAUUGAUAAAUGUGUGCCUUUUUUAAUGACUUUAUUUGUUCACGUGUUGUUAAACUCAGUGGAUGUGUGUGUACAAUCAACGUGUCUGCCUGUUUACAAAGGACCGUGUGAGGGAUGUGGCAGCGUCACGUGCACCGGACAAACGGCCGGUGGCUUUUUUCUCAGAGAAAUAAUUCACAAGUGUGAGUGAAGCUGUACGAAAAAAAAAAUCUAAUUCACUGACCAGCGAGCAGAUCAAGUGUGUAAAUAUCAUGUUCAUAAAUGUAAAUAUUUGUUUUUUGGUAAUAAUGUCAGUGGUUUAGCAUUUGUUGUAAACUGUAAACAUCAGCUGUACAUAAAUAAAUGCUUCUAUUUAUUAUAGAA